AGUUUUCCAGCCUUUUUCUGUAAGACUUUACGACUUAGGUUGCCGGCUGAAUAUUGUGUGGGUAAAUUAGCACGGUGCUCAACCAAACUAUUCCCUAAACCGGCUGACGACACACUCAGAUGGGUAAAAAGGUAUCCCAUUGGUUAGAUGAAUAAUUGAACAUACUUGGUUAUUUUUUAGGAAAAUAUGCUGAUCCUUUUUUGUUUUGGUCAACAGAAACUAGUUGAGAUGCGAUACUCACCCUGCUACAUUAACAACUUAUUUACCCAUUUCGAACGACAUAAUGAGCAGGCUAAGUUAGCGGAGAUUGAGGACAUUGGGUUUGACUACCUACGCCGGGUACCACAAUGGCAUGUGAAGCAGAGCAUCAUGCUCCAAUUAGCCAGGGCCUUUGACGUGGAGACAAACACUCUGAGGGUCGACGCCGGGGAUAUUCGCAUUACCGCCGAACUUAUCGGCAAUGUAUUCGGCAUACCUUCGCAAGGUGAGUGUAAAUUAUGUAAGUUGUAAAUAUCCCGGUUCGUGGUUAUGCUUUUUCCCAUGUUGACAUGUACUGAUCGUGGUAAACUGUUUCGUUUCGCGCAAGUGAUCCAAUACCGGUAUAUCAAAAAAAAAAAGAAUCGCAUUUGGCAAUAAAGAUGCAAUUUCAGAAGAAAACUACAACCCAGUUGCGGGACUUUCUCUUUGCCUGUCCGAUGGAGACCGAGCAAGAAAGGCUGAGCUUUAGAAGAUACUUUAUCAUGAUUGUUUUGAAGAUGUUUCUUAACCCUACAAGCCAGCAGACUGUUUCUGCAUGGCACAUCCCUCCGAUAUUGGACGUAUCUAACCCUAGAAGAUUUCAUUGGCCAUAUCAGAUACUAAAGUGGCUGCGAGAUGCGAUACGGAAAUUCCAAGACGAGAACCGGGAAACAUGCGGCGGGUGCAUGUUUGUGUUGCUGGUUUUGUACUUUCACCGCUUAAAGCAUGGUCCGUUGCAUGCAUGUCGUGUACCCGAGCCUUGGAUUGUUGAAUGGACCACUAAUGAACUUGACAAGAAGGCCAGCCAUGUUAUCUCACAGAUACAAUCUCUACUAAUCUCUUUUUAA